CAAAAUGAUCAACGCAGUCCUCGUGUUCAAUAACAAUGGCCAACCCCGGCUGACCAAAUUCUACACACAGCUGGACACGCAAACCCAGCAAUCCCUGAUCGCGCAAAUAUACCGUCUAGUCGCGCAGCGUCCAGCAAGCGCCUGCAACUUCCUCCCACUCCCUCCUCUCCUCUCGCAAGGCGCCAGCUCUACCGCCUCCGGGCCCUCCGAUACCCCCACCCAAAUCACAUACCGGACCUACGCGACGCUGUCGUUCAUCAUGAUCUCUACGUCGACCGAGUCCCCGCUCGCUCUGAUCGAUCUGAUUCAGGUGUUUGUCGAGGCGCUGGAUCGGAUGUUCGAGAAUGUCUGCGAGUUGGAUCUGAUCUUCGGCUAUGAGACUCUGCAUGCGGUGCUCGGCGAGAUGAUUGUCGGUGGUGUUGUGGUUGAGACGCAUAUUGAGAAGAUCAUUGCUGGUGUGCGUGCUCAGGAGGGAUCGUUGGGGAAGAGGAAGGCUGUUCAGGCUGCCAGUACCAGUUUGGGUCGUGGGGCUUUGCCCGGGUUGGGGGCGUGGAGGUGA